UCAAACAACAUGAACAACAAAUUAAUCUUAUGAUAAUAAGAAAUAAGAUAAUUUGAUAUGUCAUAAUUAUACACGUCAGUCUUUACCCACCCGUCAAAAAGCCUUCAUUUUCAACCAUACAUCCAAAAACAACAAGGAUUUAAUGUUUAUCUAUAAAUUAUUCUGCCUCAAGACAAAAGACUUUGUAGAAAUAUUCACGUAGUAUCAAGAAAACCCAGACAAUCAAGACUCGAGAAAUCAUUCUCUUCUUCAUUUCUUUUUGUAAAAUUUUGUCAAUCUUCCAUGGCACUUUAUGAAGCAGAAAUGGGUGCUAGUCCAAAGCAUGUUCAGUGGGUGAUUAAUAUUGAAACUGGCAACGAUAGUUGUGAUGAUCUCUCACAAUCAAUAGACUUCUCAAAUUCUGUUGAAACAUCCCUUUGUCCAGACUCGGUAUUAGGGGAUGAUGCAUCAUCUUCUUAUGGGCCUUUAUAUGAGUUGUCUGAACUCAUGGCUCAACUUCCCAUCAGGAGAGGGCUGUCAAAGUAUUAUCAAGGAAAGAGUGAGUCAUUUGGGUGCUUGGGAAGUGUGAAGAGCCUCGAGGAUCUUACAAAGAUAGGGAAUUUAUAUAACGAGAAUGAAGUCAUGUAAAAGCUUAGGUGGAAGAUCAUCAUUUGGUCCAAAAGCUGGCAUUACAAAGCAGUCUUCAAGGAAGCCUACCUUAACUUCACUUACUCAUACAAAUACUCUUGUGGAUACUUGUACAUCUUCCUUUUCUUUGGACAAGAAUUUCUAAUAUCAAGCUUAAUUUGCUGCGAAGUUUUUUGAAUGGA